AUGAAGCCCCUUCGCCUGCUCCAGGCCGUCGGCCUGCUGACGACGGCGUCGUCCUUCGUCGUCUUCGACACGGUCGCAGCAGUCGACCUGCCCUUGAACCCCGAGGCGAUCCGCGAUCCCGAACGCAGCCUCGCAUCGCACCUUCCAGACCUCCGUUCUGCAGACCCACCCCCAGACACUACCGCUGGCCCAGGCAUGGCUGCGAUCCACGCCCCGCAUCCUUUGCGGCAGGUGCUGCCGCCCCACGUCGCCGCCGCCUGGCCUGGCUUCAUCGCCUACGUGCCCGUCCACGCUCCGCCGCCUCCGCACAUCGACCCGGCCUACUUUGUCUACCAUGGCCACGCCCCUGGUCUGGUCCUGCCGCAGCCUCCCGGUCGGCCCGCUUACUACUACGGCAGCUACGGUGGCGCGCCCGCCCACGCGCCCGCCGCUCUCUUCCCUCAGACGGCCCAGCCAGGCGCCGCGUCGUCGACCGUCGUGCCCGCUUCGGCCUAUCCGGGCCAUCCCGGGGGCGUGUCGGUGCCCGAGCAUCCCGCUGACCCGUCGUCAUCAGCUACGCAGCCAAGCCGCGAGGUAGACGGCUCUGGCUCGAGCUCGGCCGAACGCGAAUGGAUGCGUGCAGAGUCGUCGCCAGACGUGGCGCUCAAGAGGCCGCGGCUCAUCGCGCCCGCAGGCGAGCCCCUCAACAACCGGCGCAGCACCAACUACUACGACCCCGCCCUCGCCCGGCGAGUCGAAGAGAGGCUGCGGGCGAAGGUGCGUGCCAUGAUGCCCAACUUCGACGAUGCCAUGAUCUCGAUCAACCUGCCCGUCGUCUUUGGCGAGACACCGAGCCAAGAGCUCCAGAGGCGCUCGAGCCAGGUCUUCGAGACGGCCAAGCGGCGCAAGACCUACCGGCCCGGGCUGCUGAACGACCUCGACGUCGACGGCUUCCGGGUCAAGUUUAUCAGGAGGAAGACGACCCCUUCGCAGCCGGGCCCACGCCUCUACGACACCGUCGCCGUUCCGCUUUCGCCGGGAGGUGACCUGUCCAAGACGUACGUCGGCGUCCUCACGCUCACCGACAUCCCGAGGGGCGUCAGGGGCGCAGACUUCGUCCGCCUCCGAGAUAUGGCCGACGGCUUCGUCCGUGCGCCUGCUCCGGUCGGCCCGCCUGCCUCGUCCUUGCGGCAGCACGGCGGGACUAGCGUUGCCAUGGCCGAGGCCGAGCCUUUUCGGGCCGGCUCGAGCAGCGGGCGCCGCCGGCCGGAAGGACCCGGCGUCGACGCCGCCAGGCGCGUGGGCGCUGCCAUCCGCCCCGGCGAGGCCCUGCCGGCCCAGGUGGUCGACACGCUGCGCGCGAGGGUGAGGCAGCUGAUGCCUCGUGGCGCGGCCUUCGACGACUGGCUGAUCGCCAUUGAGCAGCCGUUGGCGGGCGACCGCAAGACCCAGAUCCGGGUCUCGAACCUGCUGUACAACAUCGAAGCCAGGCAGCGGCAGCCUCUGCCGGCGCCGAUGGGCGACAUUGCGCUGCCCGGCUACCGGGUGACGUUCUCCUACGACCGCAAGGGCUCGCAGAAGACGGACUUCGUGCGGUUCAACGUGUUUGCCGUGCCCACGGCGGCGCGGGCCGACGAGGGCGACCUGUACCUGGGCGUCGUCCGGUUCGACGCGUCGCUGCUGAGCCUGUUCAACCACAUCAACCACGACGACCACCUGCGUGCGAUGGCGUGGAAGGCGAGGGUGGCGGCGUCGUCGGACGCCGACAACAAGGACGGCCUCUUCUACGGCAGCUCGGCCCUGGCCGGCCCGAUCCGCGACGAGCUCCUGGCGCGGACGAGGCGCGAGGUGCCGGCGGGGACGGUCGUACCGGACCGGCUGAUUACGGUGCAUGCGCCGUGGAUGCCGCAGGGCCACGUCGACGAGGGCCUGUCGCGCUACCUGCGCAAGCUGUUCUGGCAGCACGACGUGCCGCGGCUGCCGGAUGGCAUCCUGGCCGACAUGGUGGUGGGCGAGCGGCGCAUCAGCUUUUCCCAGGACCGCCGCAGCCCGCCGGCGCCCGGCGUACUCUCGUUCAACGCCGUCGCGAGCCCCGUCUCGCCGGGCCCGGGCAAGCUGCCGACGUACGUGGGCACCGUCAAGUUCCACGCGCCGUCGUCGUCAGUCAUCGGCCGCCUGGGAUUUGCUCCUUGGUCCAAGGAGUGA